AUGCUUCUGCCACAGAUCAGUUUGAUAAGUGCUCUUGCACUUGGAGUCAUUGCACUUCCUGCUCCGGAAAAUCAUGUCGUCCACGAGCGCCGUGACUUUAGGUCCCACGCAUGGGUCAAACGCGAUAGAAUUGAGUCUUCUAUCGUUAUACCAGUGCGAAUUGGGAUGACCCAAAGCAAUCUUGAAAAUGGCCAUGAUUUACUAAUGGAAGUUUCUGCGCAUGAUUCUCCAAGGUACGGAAAGCACUACACAGCAGAAGAAGUGGCCGAUCUGUUUGCUCCGUCCAAGUCGACUACGAAUGCUAUUUAUGAAUGGCUUGUUUCUUUCGGUAUCCCAAGAGAGUCAGUCUCUCAGUCUACAAACAAGCAGUGGAUGCAGCUAGAUAUUACUGCUGGCGAACUAGAGUCACUCCUGAAAACGGACUAUCACGUGUACGAGCACACAAAAACUGGAAAGGCGACAAUUGCUUGUGAACAGUACCACGUUCCACCUCAUAUUCAAGAACAUGUCGACUACAUCUCACCGGGAAUCAAGCUUCACACUCCUGGCAGAGGACGUGCCGGCAGCGCGAACCUCGGAAAGCGUAUUUUUGGUGUCACCAGCGCCAAAGGCAACAGUGAUCUUCAACUGCCUGACUUCCGUCCCGCUUCCCAGUUUGCUCCACUACUAACAGGCUGUGAUACUACAAUGACCCCGGCAUGCAUCAAAGUUAUGUAUAAUAUUACCCCCCCUGUACUGGCAGCUCCCGGCAACAAAAUGGGUAUUUUCGAGGACCUGGGGGAUGUCUACAGCCAAGCUGACUUGAACUCCUUCUAUGCCAAAUACGCAACCAACAUCCCAAAGGGUACUGCGCCUACACUUAACGCAAUCGAUGGUGCAGUUGCUCCUGUCGCCGUUACCGCUGCCGGAGCCGAGUCGAACUUAGAUUUUCAAAUCGCAUGGCCGAUUAUUUAUCCACAAGGAACCGUUCUUUACCAGACAGAUGACCCAGUAUAUGAGAACAACUAUGUUUUCUCUGGCUUUUUAAACACCUUUCUCGAUGCUCUUGACGGAUCUUACUGCUCAACUGUCGACCCACUAGAUCCAAAGUAUCCUGAUACUUCUUCUAAGGCUGGUGCAUACAAAGGUGCAUUGCAAUGUGGUGUCUAUAAGCCUACCAAUGUCAUUUCUAUUUCAUACGGUGGAGAUGAGGCUGGCUUACCUGUCGCUUAUCAGCGUCGUCAGUGCAAUGAGUUCAUGAAGUUGGGUCUUCAAGGGGUCUCGAUUUUAGUCGCUUCCGGUGACUCUGGCGUCGCUGGAUCACAAUGUCUUGGAUCUACUGGCAAGAUCUUCUCACCAGAUUUUCCAGCGACAUGUCCCUACAUCACCGCUGUAGGAGGCACCUACCUCCCUGCUGGAGCAAACGUAGCAAUCGACGCCGAGGUAGCCGUAACACGCUUCCCCUCCGGCGGAGGAUUCUCCAACAUCUACGCCAUUCCGUCAUACCAAUCCAGCGCCGUCGCCAGCUACCUAAAAAACUACCCGCCAACCUACAAGUCCUACCAAACGGUCAACUCCACCAAUGUCGGUGCUAACAGCGGUAUCUACAACAGUGCUGGCCGCGCCUAUCCUGAUGUGAGCGCUGUUGGUGAUAAUGUCGUUAUUUUCACUGGUGGCUCAGAAGGAUUGAUUGGUGGGACCAGUGCUAGCAGUCCUGCUUUUGGCGCUAUCUUGAACCGUAUCAACGAGGAAAGGAUCGCAGCAGGCAAGAGUACCAUUGGAUUUGUGAACCCUACUUUGUACGCACACCCAGGCGUCUUACAUGACAUUGUGAAAGGUACCAACGCCGGUUGUGGGACUAAGGGCUUCUCAGCUAGCCCAGGUUGGGAUCCAGUGACUGGUCUAGGAACACCAAACUACCCAGCUAUGUUGUCUCUAUUUAUGAGCCUAUAG